AUGUCUACCACCGGUGCUCAACUAGGCUCAACCUGCGGAUUCUCGACCCGCCUUUCGCUCCGAUGGGUCCCAGAAAUCCCCGAAGAGACAACCGACACAAUUGUUCUCUCCGUGGGAGAAUGGUUUGUUGAUUUGCGAAUGGAUAUCAAGUCUGGAAACAUUGACUGGGCAAUGGCCGGUACCAGAAUUGAGGAAAACCCUAAGGAGAUCCCACUCAAGGUGCUCUUCACGCGCGAGUUGGACUCUCUGAACGAGAUCGGAAUUGUGGAUGUCGGCAACUUCAGCCCUCAAUCCGAUGGUACCGAUCUUGAGACUGGAGAGAUGCCUCGAGCCGAUCUUCCCGGUGCACCUAUGACAACCUUUGAGGAGGUUUGGCGGGAGCUGCCGUUCCGAGAGGGCCCCGAAGGAGCCAAGAAAGGAAUCUCGUGGAUUCUGGAGUCCGAUGAUGCCCCCCUGACUCCUGGGGAGCAGUCCGGACAGGCGACGGUGACUAAGGUCUUUUUGGGUCGGAUCUGGGGAACCUACUUGGCCUUUCAACAGACUCAGACUCAUUCCAGUGAGAAAGAUGAGAGCGGUGCAUGGUCUGUCAAGAGGGUUGGAGGUGAGGUCAGUGCUAGAAGGGAGGAGUGGAGCUCUGGGUGGAAGGAGAAGUAUGUGGUGGGCCCUGAUGCAGAUGCUGUGCCAUCUAUAAAGAAUGGCUUUGAAGGAGAGGGUACAGGUUCAUGGAGAAUCCCUGGCGAGAAAGUGAUUAUCCAGGGAAGAUCGUUCAUUACCCGGGCCUUCGAAGAGAUCCACUAA